AUGAAGCGACGGAGGAUGAACAAGCUGUAUAUAGGAAACCUCAGUCCCGCCGCUACCGCCGACGAUCUCAAACAGCUUUUUGGGGAGAGGAAGCUGCCCCUGGCCGGCCAGGUCCUGCUCAAAUCGGGUUACGCCUUCGUGGAUUACCCGGACCAAAACUGGGCCAUUCGGGCUAUCGAGACCCUCUCGGGGAAAGUGGAGCUGCACGGCAAAGUGAUGGAAGUGGACUAUUCCGUGCCCAAAAAGCUCAGGAGCAGGAAAAUCCAGAUCCGAAACAUUCCCCCCCACCUGCAAUGGGAGGUGCUGGAUGGCCUCUUAGCUCAGUAUGGGGUGGUGGAGAACGUAGAGCAAGUCAACACGGACACAGAAACAGCUGUUGUUAACGUGACUUAUGCAACUAAAGAAGAAGCAAAAGUAGCACUUGAGAAGCUGAGCGACCACCAGCUUGAGAACUGUUCCUUCAAGAUUUCCUACAUCCCGGACGAAGAGGUGAGCUCCCCUCCACCCCCACAGCGGUCCCGCCGCGGGGGCCACUCCUCCAGGGAGCGGGGCUCCUCCCCAGGGGGCUCCUCACAGCCCACACAGCUCGAGUUCCCACUGCGGAUGCUGGUGCCCACGCAGUUUGUUGGUGCGAUCAUAGGAAAGGAGGGCUUGACCAUAAAGAAUCUUACUAAGCAAACCCAGUCCAAGGUUGACAUCCAUCGGAAGGAGAAUGCUGGUGCAGCCGAGAAGCCCAUCACCAUCCACGCCUCGCCGGAGGGCUGCUCCGAAGCCUGUCGCAUGAUCCUCCAUAUCAUGCAGAAGGAGGCUGAUGAAACUAAAUUAGCAGAAGAGAUUCCCUUGAAAAUCUUAGCACACAACAGUCUGGUGGGGAGGUUGAUUGGCAAGGAGGGACGCAACCUCAAGAAGAUUGAGCAGGACACAGGCACGAAGAUCACCAUCUCCCCUUUGCAGGAUUUAACCCUUUAUAACCCUGAGCGGACCAUCACGGUGAAGGGCAGCACAGAGGCUUGCUGCAGUGCUGAAGUGGAGAUCAUGAAGAAGCUGCGAGAGGCCUACGAGAGUGAUGUGGUGGCCGUUAAUCAACAAGCCAACCUGAUCCCAGGACUGAACCUCAGUGCUUUGGGCAUCUUCUCAACGGGGCUGUCCAUGCUCCCAUCCACCCCAGGAGCCCGAGGGUCCGCAACAGCCACCCCAUACCACCCGUUUGCAAGCUCCUCAGCAUACCUCUCGGGUCGGUACGGAGCACCUCCAGCUGGCACCUUCCCCCAUCAGCACUCUCUGCCAGAGCAGGAGGUUGUGAACUUGUUCAUCCCGACGCAGGCAGUGGGAGCCAUCAUUGGGAAGAAGGGGCAGCACAUCAAGCAGCUGGCACGGUUUGCUGGUGCCUCCAUCAAGAUUGCCCCAGCAGAAGGUCCUGACGCCAGUGAGCGGAUGGUCAUCAUCACAGGGCCACCCGAGGCUCAGUUCAAGGCCCAGGGACGAAUAUUUGGGAAGCUGAAAGAGGAAAACUUCUUCAACCCAAAAGAAGAAGUGAAGCUUGAAGCCCAUAUCAAGGUGCCUUCCUUUGCUGCUGGCCGUGUGAUAGGCAAAGGUGGCAAGACGGUGAAUGAGCUGCAAAACUUAACUAGUGCAGAAGUCAUUGUGCCACGAGAUCAAACCCCAGAUGAGAACAAGGAGGUCAUCGUUAAAAUAAUCGGGCAUUUCUUUGCCAGUCAGACUGCACAGCGCAAGAUCAGGGAAAUCGUCCAGCAGGUGAAGCUGCAGGAGCAGAAACACGCUCAGGGUGCCCCAGGCUCGCAGCACAGCAAGUGAGGCUCCUGCCUGCUGGCCACCACCACCCGAUGAAUGUAACCUCACCGCCACCGGACCGCCCCAGCAGGUCAGAGCAAACCAAAGACCUCCCCGAGCCUCCUUCCCACUGCCCAGGGCGCUGUGAGCAUGCGCAGGGGAAGGAUACAGGGAGGCCUCUCUCCAUCCCACAGCCUCCCCCCUUAACUCCAUCACUUCCUGACGCUAUCCCUUUAGUUGGACUAACAUAGGCAGAGAAAGGUUUGUGGUUUUCAUUCCCCCCAAGCCACCUCUUCUCACCCAGGCGUGGCUGGAGGAGCUCACCCAGCACGGGGAGGAGGCUGCAGCCACACAGCUUGAUGCACAGGGAUUUCUUUUUAGAACUAAUGUAUCCAUAACCAAACUAACAACAGGGUUUGAGUUUGGGAAGAAUUCUUUUGAAUUUGGGGUUUGUUCUAUUUUAAAUUGUAUUACAAAGGGGUCAGGGGAGAAGGUUGGUUGUUUUUAGCAAGAGCAGGCUUUUCUAGAGUUUUAAGGCAAGGAGCUAGCCCAUUGGUUCUGUAAUGCACAGUAGAGCAGAGACAGAGGCUUGCCCGCAGGGAUGAGGAACAGAGGCGAGCGUUACAAAGCAAUUCCUGAAGGGCUUUUGAGACGAGCAGUGCCUCUAUGAGCCAACAGAAGGGAUACCGUCUCCUAAGAGAGGAUUCUCUCUUUCACACGCCCUUCCCUCUGCUUCACAGAAUUGUAACGGGGGGUUGCAUACAUUCUGUCCUCCCUUUCCGUCUGUCUUCUGUCCCCUCCCUCUCUCCAUCGCUGCCCCACAGCAGCGACGCUGGGCGCUAAUACCCCUGGAAAACGAUGGGCGGCACCAGCCCUGCCCACCUUGAACCCGGAUCGUUGGUGGGAGUAAUCCCUGUUGCAGGGAGAGGAGGGUAAAAUGGGGGCGAGGGGGAAAGGGAGGGAGGGAGGGAAAACCCGAGUUCUACAAGAGGUUGUAAAGCCCCAGAGAUGGAAAAAAAAAACCUCACCGACCAUCAAAACGAGUUUGAAACUGAAGAACCAACCCCACGUGAGACCUGUACACAUAGACACACACAAACUACCUCAGGCUUUCGUACCUCAGCACCUUGUGCUUGUGUUUCCCCCUUGGAGAUUUUGUAUGCCUUGUAAAACUGAGAGUUGGAGCCAUUUUUUUAAAUUAUUUUUUUAAUAAAAAACGAGUUGGCAAAACUAUCUUGAGCAAGUCAGCUGCCAGGCGGGAGAAGGAACCCAUCCCAUGUGUCCCAGAGCUCUUCGGUCCUCUCCUCCUGCUAGCUGAGAGCCAGUGGCCGUUCCUUCAGAGAAAGCUUGACAAAUGCUUCCAAGGCAAAAGAAAACCCACCCAACAAAAACUCACACACACAAAGCCAACAAAGCAAAAGAGCAAGCCUAAGAACACGUAGAAAGAAAACAAAUGCAGAAAGCCAGCCGUGAGCAAAAGCAGUUAAACUCGAAGGCCAGGAGGAGGGACAGGCGCAACGUGCCGCCAGCUGCCUGUGCCGGAGCCAGUGCCGGAUCCCGGGGCUGUGACGUGAUCUUUUUCCUCUGCUGUGAAAAACCAACCCGAUGACAACAGCAAAAGAAAUAUAUCCAGCUAACAAGAGCCUGA